AUGGCUCCCUCAGCGAGUCCGUCUUACUGUGAACAAUCCACAAGUUCAAGCCGGCUCCUCAGCAUCACCACCUCAACUCAAAAGUCCAUGAACACCAAUAUCGUGGCCGUCGGGACGCUGCAAGCACGUUCAUUUCAGCGGCGUAACAGGUCCGAGGUACCGAGACUGUCCAAGAUCCACCUCGAUGCGAAGUCAUCAAGCACGGUCCCAUCCCUUCUCGACGUCGCUAGCCAGGUGGCCAAUUGGAUACGUGCUCAGAAUCGAUUAUCGCAGGAGUGUGACGGCGCAACAGUCAACCAAUUCCAACGUUCGAAGCGGCCCCCGGGUGCAUCGAAACCGGAAGCUCCAUUGUCGACAUCCACACUCCUGCAGGCUUAA